AUGGCCGGUGGCGCCAAGGUCGUCGUGGAGCCCCACCGUCACGCCGGCAUCUUCAUCGCCCGCGGCAAGGAGGACGCUCUUGUGACGCUCAACUCGACGCCCGGCAAGUCGGUGUACGGCGAGAAGCGCAUCUCCGUGGACGUGCCCGCCGCCUCGGGCGAGGGCACCGAGAAGGUCGAGUACCGUGUGUGGAACCCGUUCCGCUCCAAGAUCGCCGCUGCCAUCCUGGGCGGUGUGGACAACAUCUGGAUCCAGCCCGGUGCCAAGGUGCUGUACCUCGGCGGUGCCUCCGGUACCACCGUGUCGCACGUGUCCGACAUCGUCGGCCCCACCGGCGCCGUGUACGCCGUCGAGUUCUCGCACCGUGUCGGCCGCGACCUCAUCAACAUGGCUAAGUCGCGCACCAACGUCGUCCCGAUCAUCGAGGACGCCCGUCACCCGCUCAAGUACCGUAUGCUCGUGCCCAUGGUCGACGUCGUGUUCGCCGAUGUCGCCCAGCCUGAUCAGGCCCGUAUCGUGGCUCUCAACGCCUCGCACUUCCUGAAGAACGGUGGCCACUUCGUCAUCUCCAUCAAGGCUAGCUGCAUUGACUCCACGGCCGCCCCCGAGGCUGUGUUCGCCCGCGAGGUCAAGAAGCUGCAGCAGGAGCAGUUCAAGCCCGCCGAGCAGCUGACGCUGGAGCCGUACGAGCGCGACCACGCCGUGGUUGUCGGCGCCUACCGUGUGCCCAAGAAGGAGAAGAAGUAG